GGCAUAGCCUCCGUCGCCGCCGUCGGCACAGCGUGCGCCAUUUGCGCCAUUUGCAUAAAAACGCGUUGCAGCCGACGCUACGCAGCCGACGCUACGUCUAAAAACUGUAAUCCGUGCGAGCGACAGCGCUCUCCGCAUCCGGAAACCCCCAAAACACUUGCAACCCUGCGGCAGUGAUAAAACAAUAAAACAAUUGCAACCCUGCUCCAGCGAUGCGCCGCUUGCUCCUCCUCGCCGCCGCGGCGCGCGCCUAUAGAGAAGAGAUCCAGGAGGCCCUGACGGGCAACCUCCUCAUCAACGGCGGCCCCGACGAGGCCUCGAUGAACGGCUGGCGCGACGUCGUGCCCGGCUUGUAUAAUGCGACGCCGCCCGUGACCGCCGGCUGGGCGCCGCACAUCCAGACGGAGGGCUGCGAGACGCCCGAGAACCCCCAGCCCUGCGAGCACGUCUUCAAGACGUCGUACCAGGCCUGCACGCGGCGCCAGACGGUGCCGCUCGUCGGCGGCCGCGUCACCGAGCAGAUGAUCGACGCCGGCGAGGUCGCGGUAGUUGUGUCCGAGGACGUCAAGGAGUUCUACAGCGUCGACAAGUUUUUCAUGCGGGCAGCAUUAUGCAGCGACGAGAAGUGUACGCAUAAGUUGAGGCGGUGGGCACCGUGUAGAAAACACUCGGAGGUGACCACGGAGGAGGCCUACCAGUGGUGCGAGACGAAGGGCGGCGCGGGCUACGGGAAUGAUGUGUGGGAGAACCACAACCACACCUUUGGUGGGGGCGACAUGGUCGGCGCGCGCUAUUUGUUAUUUGAGGACGGUGGCGUCGACUCGGAGUACUACAAGGGCCUCUACGGGCCCUGGUUCAAGGACGCGUCCGUCGUCAUCCACAAGACGACUUUUACGUUUGCGCCGACGGCGACGCCGGCGCCGUCGGCGCCGACGCUCAAACCGACGUUCCAACCCACCACCAAAUACAAGUCCGAGUUCUGGGACGACGACUACUACUACUCCUAUUAUGGCGGUGGUGAUAAAGAGGCGGCCGCAGCGACGCCGGCGCCAAAGCCGCGGCCGCGGCCGCACACGCGGCGCCCGACGCCGCCGCUUUCUCCGGACGAGGCGCCGUCCGGUGACGACCUGUGUGGAAAUCAACCAGUGCGUCGGGUGCACUAAGUCAUUUCCCGGCGAUGACGCGGCCGUCCUGGCUCGGUCGAGCGAUGAGGAAUUCACAUCGCCACGCCUUCGAGCAGGCGUCGCGUCGAUGGCGUGGAGGACGACGCGACGAUUCAGCACGAACGCGCCGUGAAAUUUUGAUUUCCACACAGGUGACGACGGCUGGAUGUACGUCGCCGCGGCUUUAUUGGCCGUCGUGAUCGGCUUCGGCGUGGGGUUCUGCAUCCGGGCCCGGCGCGCGGCGCCGGCGAACCCGUACGCCAUCGCCGGCACGCAGCUCGACGACGACGACGAGGGCGUCGAGAUGGCGGCGACGGCGGGGAACAAGGGCUGGGCUUAGGUCUUGAGCUGGGUAAGUGCGGUUGGUGUAC